GGAGGUGAAGCCCCCUCCGACUCACACACACACACACACACACACGCACACACAGAACUUGUUGCGCUGCAGUGAGAGUCAGAAGCCGCGGAGGAACAGAAGCGACUCAUUCGGAGAGUCUGAGGAGAAACUCCGCUAAACCACAGACUGAAGAGUUCCUCGGCGGUUUGAGUGUGUGUUCGUGCGAUCAGGAUGUGUGUGAAGUGAACACUGCAGCACGAUCUGCUCGUAUGGAGCUGGAGUUUCUCUAACAAGCAUCAUCAUGUCGCAGAAGUUCGUCCUCUGGCUCAGUCCAGCAUGGGUCACUCCACUAGCACUGCGGACACUCUUCUCUCUUGUGGAAUGUUCUGAUCGUCAGUGAAGAAGAGUCGAGUUUGGUGGAGCUUCUGCAGAAGACUGAGAUGAUGAUGAUGAUGAUGAUGGUGGUUAGUUGGGGCACUUUUCUCCAAACCUGCUUGAUGAUGAUGGUGAGAGCAAACCAGCAGAACCCCAGAGAGACCAGCUGCGACCUCAACGCCGAACAAAGCGAGCUCAACUCCUUCCUGUGGACGAUAAAGCGAGACCCGCCCUCGUACUUCUACGGCACCAUUCACGUCCCGUACACACGUGUCUGGGACUUCAUCCCCGAGAACUCCAAGCAGGCCUUCCAGGAGAGCAGCAUCGUGUGCUUCGAGCUGGACCUGACUGACCCGUACACCAUCUCAGCGCUGAGCAGCUGCCAGCUGCUGCCGCAGGGAGAGAACCUGCAGGACCUGCUGCGAGACAUCUACCGGCGGCUCAAGACUCACCUGGAGUACGUCAAGCUCAUGCUGCCGUCCUGGAUGACGCCGGACCAGCGGGGCAAGGGCCUGUACGCAGACUACCUGUUCAACGCCAUCGCGGGGAACUGGGAGCGCAAGCGGCCCGUGUGGGUGAUUAUGCUGAUGGUCAACUCUCUGACCGAGGCCGACAUCAAGACGCGCGGCGCUCCUGUGCUGGACCUGUAUCUGGCGCAGGAGGCCCAGAGGAUGAGGAAGAGGACGGGAGCCGUGGAGAAGGUGGAGGAGCAGUGCCAUCCUCUGAACGGACUCAGCUUCUCUCAGGUGAUCUUCGCUCUGAAUCAGACGCUCCUGCAGCAGGAGAGUCUCCGCGCCGGGGGCCUGCAGAUGCCCUACACCACCGAGCACCUGAUCAAGCACUACAACUGUGGAGACCUGAACUCCAUCAUCUUCAGCCACGACCCCUCGCAGGUGCCGAACUUCAAGAAUGCGACGCUGCCGGCGAGCGAGCAGGUGACGGCGCAGGAGAUCGAGCUCUACUUCAGACAGGAGCUGAUCUACAAGCGUAACGAGCGCAUGGGCCGGCGCGUCCGAGCGCUGCUGGAGGAGCAGCCCGACAAGAGCUUCUUCUUCGCCUUCGGAGCAGGUCACUUUCUGGGAAACAACUCUGUGAUUGACGUCCUGCGGCGUGAAGGUUAUGAGGUGGAGCACACGCCUGCUGGACAGACGCUACACAGCGUCUCGGAGCGGGAGCCUCUGGAGCCGUUCCUCCACGAGAGCCGAGAUCUUCAGGAGGACGAGGAGCCGCAUCUCCUGGAGCUCCUGGAGAAGGUGGAGCACAGGCUGAAGAAGAAGCGCCGCAACAAGCAGAAGAAGCAGCGCCAUCGACAGUUCAACGACCUCUGGGUGCGGAUGGAGGAGAGUGUGACGGCCGAGGCUCCGCCUCCUGUCGUCCGCAUCAUCAACGGUUACAUCCCAGUCCAGACACACCCACAGGAGCAUGGCAGAGCCAAUCAGCACAGGACGUUCUCAGGCUCCUCCUCCUGGAGCCCCGCCCUCACUGCGACGGCUCUGUGUGUUCAGAUCCUGCGGCUGCUGCUGCUUUCCUGACGUCUGAAGAGCUGCGGGUUCGAGUUUAACCCUGAACCUCCCGCUGCUGCUUCAGGCUGGACUAAUCAAGCGCUUCACUUCCGCUCUUGAAGAAUCAGAUGUAUAAUAGAUGUAAUUUAGAGAUUUGAAUAAAGCAUUUGUUUGUUCACUUAUUAUAUAAAUAUAUAAAGAAGAGUCAUUAUAUUUUUGUGUACUAACCAGCUUAACUGGCUCCAAUCAUGAAACAGCAGCAGUGAAUUUCUGUUUUAAAACCAUAGAAAACAAAUCACUUCCUUCAUUACAGUGACGGUUUUUACAUGAAAGCAGAUUUACAGGCGGUUUGUGCAGAAGCCAGUUUCACGCCGUUGAGUUUCUUCUUCUAUCUGUCAACUUCAUGCAUUUGAUGAUUGUUUAAAAUGUUGUGUUUAUGACAUAGGAAUGAGUCAUUUAAUUUAUUGAAUAGAUAGUGUUAGCUGAUUUAAAUGUGAUUAUGUGAUUGUUUAUGACAGAAUGAUGCAAUGUAAAUCAUAUCUGGUGUUUGUGACGGUACGGUAAUUAUGUUUGUCUAUGAUGUUACAAGAAAUAAAGUAUUUAUCUAGUUCAAGGUUCUCCAAAGGAAAGAUGAACACAGAUGUUCUGUUCCUGCGUCUGUCACGGCGUUCUCAGCUUCUGAACAUGACUUCUUGUUCUGUGGUUGACGCUGGAACAGAAGCAGCGAGGUUUAUGAGGGAUCUGAUCUCCUGGCUCUCCUCACAGCAAAUGAACACUGAUACCUGCAUCUCAUCAUCCUCGUCCUCGUCCUCGUCCUGACAGCUGUGUGUUCAGAGGAGGUCUCCAGAUCCAGCACUGAGUUAUUUGAACUCAUCAGGUUCUUCUUGAACCAGCGACUGGCGCCGCCACUCUUUGGAAGAGAUCUUUUAUUAUGCUCUUUAAAAUAAAUCAUAAGACCAAUUUAUGAUUUUGAAUGGGUUGGUUUAUUUCUGGUUGCCAAUGAAUGUGUGAAAGGAUUUUUCUUUGUAAAUCAUUCAUCACUACCAAAAAUGUUGUGGUUAAUAUCAUAGUUGGGUUGUGAGAGCUGAUCUGAGAUCAGAUAUUUCUAAUGAAUGUCAAAUACAAACUGAAUACAGUUAUGAGAACAUCUGAAUGAUCCUUUUCUGGGAAUGUGUGUGUUUGGCUAGAGUAAACCUUUAUUUCAGUCCAAAUCUCUGCUGUCAGGGAUCAUUUAUAAUUAGCGCACAGUUUAGACUGGUGUAUGAAUCUGGACAGUGUUGGGGAAAGUUUUUAAAUGUAACCCAUUACAAUAUUGCAUUUCACCCUUAAAAAGUAACUAAUUGCAUUACUUAGCUACUUUUCAUGGAAAGUUAUGUGUUAAGUUACUUUUGAGUUACUUUUUAAAUCUGGGCAGGGCUUGCUUGUUUGU